AUGGUCCCUCCUGGGGCACAGCUGCUGACGGUGACGGAGAACCGACGCCUAACCCCCAACGAGUACGAGCGCGAUAUCCGCCACCUUGCUUUGAGCCUCCAGGGCGUUGACUUUCCGUUUGACCUCGGCGAUGCCGUCGCUCUUUACCCGGAGAACUUGCCCCAGGACGUGGAUGAAGCGCUCAAGUUCCUGGAUUUGGACGGCGACAAGGUUAUCAGCGUGAAGUGCAUCGGGGAUGUAUCGGAGCGUCACCGUCGCUGCUUUGACCAGCGCGUGACCAUUCGCCAGGUUCUGACGAACAUGAUCGACCUCUUUGGUCGUCCAUCCCGGUCCUUUGUCACGGAGCUGGCCCGCUUCGCCAACAACGCGGAUGCCGAGGCUCUCAGGAGAUUAGGCUCUGGGGCGGGCACGGCAGCCUGGACCGCGCUGGUCGACGAAUGCCCCUCCUUCUUCGAUAUCAUGAAGAAGUAUCCAAGUGCGAAGAUGCCUUUGGAGCAGCUGAUCUCUGUGCUCCCCAUGAUCAAGCCGCGCAUCUACUCCAUCGCCUCGGACGCACGCUACAGCCCCAAGGCGGUUGAGUUCACAAUCGUCAUCAACCAGUGGAAAUCCAAGGCGACCGGUGCUGUAAAGACAGGAACAUGCACCAAGUUCAUCCAGCACAUGCCGGUGGGCAGCAAGGUGCCCUGUGCGGUCGUCUGCGGCACCUUCCAGUUCCCCAAGGACGACGUCACUCCAAUGGUCAUGGUCGGUCUCGGAACGGGCAUUGCGCCCAUUCGCUCCUUCAUGCAGGACAAGCUCUACAAGAAGAGCCGCGGUAUCAAGACGGGACCCAUGGUGGUGUUCUACGGCUGCCGGCAUGAGAAGGAAGAGCUCCUCUACAAGGACGAGUGGAAGAUGUACGAGAAGGAAGGCAUUUUGAGUGCGCUGGUGGGCGCGUUCCAGUUCGACAAGCCUCACUACCCACCGAAGCAGAUCUUCGUUUCGGACAAGAUGGCCGAGCGGCCCGAGCUGAUCAGCGACAACCUCUUGGAAAAGGGCGGCUACUUCUUCAUGUGCGGCCCGGCCGUCGCCACGCCGUCGGUGCAGAAAGCGCUGAAGGCGGCGUUGGUCAAGCACGGCCAAAAUGCCGCGAAGCACGCCGAGAAGGACAUGUGGCCGACGCCGAAGACGGAUGCUGAAGCCGAACUCUGGUUCAAGGAUUUCAUGGCUGCGGGACGCUACUCAGAGGAGUCGUACUAA